CUGAGGUAAAUGUGACGACGUCGUUUUCAAGCUGUUUUUUUUUUUUACGUCUUUUAGCGUUUAAAACACUGGCUGAACGAUUAGAUGAGAUGGUUCCUUUCAGUAAGUGGUUCUGUAUCUUAAAAAUUCAACAUACCUUCUUCUGAAGUUCUGAGGUUAUUCAUGUUUAUUCCGUGCUAUUAUUAUUAUUCGUCAAGGGUUCACGUCACGUGUUUGAGGCAGUUACGGGAAAACCGCCAAAAUGUCAAGAGCGUCAAAUAUUUGGUUUCAAAAUUAACAAAUCGCAAAUGAGAGGAGGUCUAUAAAUGUAAGUUUAUGAUCGGUUUUAACUUUAAUUUACAACUUUACACCAGUAGGUUGUGCUGUUGGUACUUACUCGAGGUCACUAAACUUUCAAAUCGUCCUUGUUUGGUUUCUUCACCAUUAACUUUGUUGGUGCAUUCAGAUGGAAAGAGCCCUAUUAAAACUAAAUUAAACAGAAUGUGUGUCACUGGGAAUAACCCAUGACAUGAUGAACGGUUUAUAAUUUUGCUGUAUUAUUGCAAUAACUAACAAUAUAUGGGCUGCAGUACAUAGUUUAUCUCAGAUGUUCAUGCAAUGUGUUCUCCACAAUCUUCCCUCGUUGUUGUGUGGUUUGCAUUGGCAUCGGCCCUAUCUGUGCUCGAAACAUGGAGUGUUUAGGGUGGAUCCCAUCAGCUCUGUUGAAGUGAGACAUGUUCUUCAGUGUGUGUUUGUGUGUUCACAUGCUGCAUUAAUAUAAAGAUCAUUCUGGUGUUUGGAUAUUCAGCGAGGAUGGAGUCAAUGCAUGUUUCACUGAUUCUCAUAGGUAUUUCUGUCUUGUAUCCAAGGACGGGAGCUCUGGAUGAGCACAAACUUGAUGAACCGGUUCUGAUGGGUCCGUCCGUUGCAUUAAACGGUUCGACUGAGGAUUUCUACUGCGAGAUUCCUGAGAUUCUACUGCAAAAUUCCUCGUUGCCUGUCCUCCUAUACGAGCUCUAUGUCGAGUCAAACCCGGGGAAGAUGAUCGGGGAGCACAGCUCUCUGACUGGAGAAAUAGCCACUUUUCCUCUGCUUAUCAACACACAACAUGACGGUCGGCUCAUCUGCAAGGCCAGCGGAUACAACAACACAGAUAUCCAGAGCUCGCUCAGUCAAGGCUUGGAUCUCAAAGUCAUUGUCCCGGUGGGGGGCGUGAGAAUCGCUCCUCGUCCCGCCAGUGAUGCCGUGUGGGAAGGACAAACUUUGACCCUCCGGUGCAGAGAGAGCAGAGGAACGUACGUCUCCUACGAGUGGCUUUGGAACGAAAGGCCGUACGACACGACUGGUGACACCCUGAUCAUACACCGGCUCUCUGUGCAACACACAGGCGAUUAUAAGUGUGUGGCAUCAAACCGAUUCAAUGACACGAUAACCUUCAACUCCAGUGAUGUCAUAUCUGUGCAGGUCAAAGGUAAAAUGGAUAAACAGAUUAAUCAGCGUGUUACACUAUCAUUCACAAAGUACGUGUCGAAGCCUGAGAUCUCCCUCGAGGUGGCGAAGCUUGACGUCGGUUUUAGAGCCGUCGUCACGUGCCGGUCUGUGAAAGGAUCUCCGUUAAUCAACUUUACGACACCUUCGACAGGCCCUAAAGACACUAAUAAGUUCUGAAUUAAUCCAAGGAAG